CAUCUAUCUCUUGGGAUACCUAUUUGACCUAAGUAGUCAAUUGUAGUGUUUUCCGAGGAACAGACGACGUCUAACUUAAUUCAACAUCCGGAACUCGCAAUGUUUGUGUACAUGCAACUGGGUGAAUAACUCAAUUCUGAAUAAGUCCUUCACAGUAACAAUUUAUAUCGGCAAAAGAUAAAACACUGUUGUAGUGAAGUGUUAAAACGAUGACAAUAGCGUAUCAGUACCGGGUGGCAACUGCCAGACUUGGGACGUUUGUGAAGUUGUUGGGUGUAUGGAAAGGCAGUAUAUACAAGCUUAUGUAUAAGGAAAUGCUCAUCUUCAUACUUCUGUACGCGGCGAUAAGCUGUUCAUACAGGAUGGCUUUAAAUAAGGAGCAGAGAAUUGUUUUUGAGAAGCUGUCAAUGUUCUGUGCUCAAUAUACGGACAUGAUUCCAGUGUCAUUUGUACUUGGAUUCUACGUAUCACUUAUAGUACAUAGAUGGUGGACACAAUUCAUGAACGUUCCCUGGCCCGACAGGACACUUUUCAUGACGUGUUGCUAUCUACAUGGACAUGAUGAGAGAGCCCGGAUAAUGCGUAGAAGUGUUGCGCGGUACAUGAUGUUCGGUUUGAUACUUAUUACCCGGUCUGUGAGUGUUGCAGUGAUGAAGCGUUUUCCUACUCUGGAUCACAUCGUAGAGUCCG